UCUGUUCUAUUGGAAUGGAUGGCUCAGGCUACAAACAAUACAAAACUGGACCUGGUUUACUUGCUUCCUUCACAUACACUGAGAAUAUGCUCCUCUGGAUAACACUGGAAAAGGCUCCAACCGGUGUAGAUGUCACCAAAAUGUGGUUCAGUGACGGCCUCCAUCCUAAACAGCUGUGGUUCGAGACAAAAACCAGCCUGGUGGAAAUCAAAGCUUACAGUAAUGACAGCCAAACAGGAUCCAAUAUGUGCGGCAAAAAUAACGGGGGAUGUGAGCAUCUGUGCCUGGCGUAUCCCGGAGGCCGCACAUGCAAAUGUGCUCGUGGCUUUUACACCAUCAGUUCUACAUCCUGUGCACCAGAGCACCCUUGUCCCAAAGGAGAGCAAGCUUGUCUUGAUGGUAGCCAGUGUCUUAACAACAAGAAGUUCUGUGAUGGACGUGUCGAUUGUCCAGACCAGUCAGAUGAACAGGACUGUCCAUAUAUGAUCACCCCCUCUAGAACCAAAGUCAGUGAUGGCCAGCUUUCCAAGUCUCCACUCGCACCUCCUCAGAACUCGGACACUACCUCGUGUAGUCAACAACAUUGCAGCGGCCAUGGCCACUGUGCCACUCAAGGCAAAGCCAUUCACUGUCAGUGCAUGGCUGGUUACCAAGGAGAGUUCUGUCAGGAGAAGGAAAGUCGACGAAGUCAUGUAGGUGUGGUCCUGGGGGUCUUCUGCCUGCUCGCUGCCUUCUUGGGUGUUGCGUUCAUUUUCGGUAAAAGGAAGGCCUGGGUAGCAAUCAGAGGCAGGGCACCUGACAAAGAAACAUUGAUGUCCAACAUGGCGCUGGAAUGUGACCACAUGGAGGCUGACUGUGAGGUAAAAUCUGGUGAGCGGAGCUUGAGUCCUCAGUCGACGUGA